AUGGAAGUUGAGAAGGAAAUUCCGAAUGGGCCACUAGAGAAGAAGGGCGAGGAGAAAGAGGAGAAAAAGAAAAAGAAGAAUAAAGAUGAUGAUUUGAAGAAGAAGAAGAAAAAGAAGAAUAAAGAUGAUGGUUUGAAGAACAUGAAGAAGAAAAAGCAAGAGGAAAAUGGUAUAGUUGUUGCUGAAAUGGAGGAUUCGAUAGGGACUGAUGUUGAUUUGGAAGAAGAAAAUGAGUUAUGGAUGCCUCCUGUCGGGGAUCGUUGGGACCAUGAUGAUGGAGGCGAGCCAGAAAAUGAUGGUACUGAUGAAGAAGAUGAAGGAGCUGAAGAAGGUAAGAACAAUGCCAGGGAACUCUCCAAACGAACAAAGCGGAUGUCCCUGGAAAUUGGACCCAGUAAUUUUGCCUCGAGGAAGAAGAAAAAGAAGAUAGAUGUUGCCUGA